AUGGAUGUUACUCAACCAGUCAGAUUACCGCUUUUUAGUCAUCAGUUGCCCAUAGCAACCACGCCGGACGUCCACGAGGCAGAACUGGAGGAACUCCUCAUAUACGACGACCUCUUCCUGGAAUAUUUCAACACUUUUCUCGCCCUUUCUGCCUUCCCAGUGAGGACCAACUAUGACCGGCUGACGGGAAACGUUCAGGAUGUGGACGGGACGUUACAGGAUCGGGCCCAGGACUACGGCGCCGACGACCUACAGAGGGAGGCCACACUGUUCUGGCUGCGGCAGGAGCGCCUCGCGCUGUUCAGCAGGUCUCCGCUCUAUUUAGAAUACAAGUUGGCCAAGUUACUAGUGCGCCCCCUGGAGGAUCGGCAGCCUGGGAGCCGCUACAGCAUUCGCGGGUACAGCCGCCAGACGGACAGCGCCGCCCUGUCUACCGGUCACUGCUCAGCGGCCCCUCAGGGACUCAGUAGCCCCAGUAUCUUGCUGGGGCUGCCAGGACCUGAAGGAAGUUUCCCAAAUCGGGUUCACAGCACCCCGGCCGCUCCAGGAUAUGAAUCGGACACGUAUAGAUUGUCGCUCCUGGCGCAGUACGGAGACGCCAUCAUACGGCUCUGCCAACCUCACAGCCCUCAGGGGGUGGACAGCGACCUCUACGGCCCCUUCACUCACAGUGAGGCCAAUGAUCCCAGCUGUCUGGAGUCCCCAGGUCUGCGGCUCCACAAUGAGGACACGGCUGAGGACCACAUGGACACCAGAGAUCCCAGGAGUGUGGUCUGGAGCGAUGGUGACCGGGGGAUGGGCUGGACGGACACAGAAGAACUCUACAUCUCCGAGGAGGAGGAGGAGACCUUUGUGAGGAGGCACAACCUCACCAUGUCCGCCCUGCAGAGGCUGAAGGAGGAGGCCCUGAGCUCGAUGGACGGGGUGAGGAGGUUCAGGCUCUUCCUCCAGGACACUCAGGGGAGUCACAUGUUCCUCUUCUGGAUGGACUGUGAAGCCUUCAAGGAGCAGUCCGUCCAUCUUGAGGUCGAUCACGGCCCUGAGGACGCCCGACACCUGUGUGCCCACCUCUUCAGGAGCCUCCAGAAUAAAUACCGCUUCAUCCUGAGUCCUGACUGUCAGGAACAGAUCCGUCUGUGUCAGCAGGAUCUGGGCCCUUCCUACCGCUCCCUCAGGAGAACCCAGUACGACGCACUCAGACGCCUCCGCUCCUAUUGGGUCCCCAGGUUCCUCAUUCACCAGCAGAGGUGUCACCUGGUCAGACAUACAGAACAGAAGGGGGUGACUUCAGAUUCGGCAUCUCCAGAGGUCGCCAUUUAUCCAUCACCUCUCGUGGAUCCAGUCAUGGGUGACGCAUCCACCACCCCGGGAGUGACGGACAAUGAUACGUUAUUCGGCCGUCCGGACGAUCAGAUUUCCGGUCCCUCUAUACCAGACCGAAUGAUUCCAGCUCUGAGGAACGACGCACAGGCUCGGGGGACCUUCCUGCACUAUCUGAACAGGUUCGAGCAGCCAAAGACAACGCAGAUUUUCCUUCUGUGGCAAGAACUGAGUGAAUAUGGAGAAAGGGGGACAGAGUGGGACCAUGGUGGUCCCAGUCAGCAGCUGGUCCCCGAUGUCUGUCCAGAGUCCUCCAUGACACCAGCAGGUGACAGCUGGACGCAUCAUGGACGCCGGGACCUGGGGGGCCCAGAUUUAUCAUUGGGAGGGACACAGCUGGAGGAUCUACGGACCGCGUACCACUCGGCUCUGGCCGCUCUGCGCGACCCCUGGAUACGGUUCCUGAAGUACGAUAUCACAAUGUUCCUGAAGUUCUGCUUUCCAAAUUCUCAGGAAUCGGGAUCCUCAGCAAAUAAAGGGAGAAAACCGAGACAGAAAAGGUUAAGCAAAGAAAACAGACAGUGGGGUCCACACUAUGGGGGCGGCAAGAAGGUCAAGAGAAGGAAAGACCCUGUGAUGGUUUCCAGUCUUGUUCCAGGACAUCCGGCUCACGAUCCCAGCAUCCCCCUGGAGAUGCUCCAGUACAGAGCGGUCUACAAGGCCUACAAGAAGCUGGUCCAGGAGACCGAGGAGCCCCAGACCCUGAGAGUCCUGGAGACGCUCCAUUCACUGCAGAGCAAUAGUGAUGACUGGAAGGUGCCGGGACUGGUCCAGAAGGUUCUAGAACUGGACCCAAUACAGACCCCACAACUGACCGGUCUGAGGAAACAUCUGACCGCUGAACUGUCCAGGGGGGUGAUCAGCAGCUCCUCCAUCACUCAGCUCACCAGGGUCCUGGCCUCACUCCUGGCCGCCUCCUUUACCAAGUUCUGGGGGGAGUUGUCCGGCCGCCUGAAGGAUUACGGAGUGGAGCCACCAGGAAAUGAGGGUUGGGCGAGACUGGAGCCGAUUCUUCUAGCGCUAAGCACCAAAAUGGCUGUGAAGCGUCUUCACGGUCGGAAGGACGAGGUGUAUCAUCCAGCGCAGCUGCAGCCGACUGAGGAGGACGGAGACGCCUUCAACCAGACACUGGACAUGGCGGCUCGGGGAUGGCCCACCCCAGAAGUCCUGCACUUCCUGAAGUAUCUCCAGACACAUGGUCUUCAGGAGGGGCUCCCCCUACUGGAGAACAACCUGCUGUGCUGCCUGGAGCUGAGGAAGUAUAAGAACGCCCAUCACGCCAUGCCCGACCGCGGCCUCCUGAAGAGGAAGGUCCACGUCAUCAAGGAAAGAUUUCUCCUAUCACAUGGGAAUCCGGUGCUGCAGUUGUCCCCAGAACUCCUGGAGGUGGCGCUGCAGGACACGGAGGCGGCGGCGCACACCGACCUGCCCUCCAUCACACUAUUCCACCAUCUCCAUGACCGGCUGACUGACUCCUUACUGCCCUUCUGGGCCGGAUUUCGGAAAGCGUGGGCGUCGCGGUCCCCAGCUAGUGCUCAGAGAGUCCCGCUGCUCCGGGUCCAGCAGAUGCUCAGGAAGCGUUUGGCCUUAUUUGAGGUAGAAGAGGUUCCGCUGACGACGUUCCACCUCCCCCCCAUCCAGCCGAGCUCCCAUAAGGCGCCAUCUAUGGUCACCUUCAGCUUCAGCAUGAGUAACGGGCUCAUCUUAAAGGAGAACAGCGCAAAGACCCCCGACCCUCCGGCCAGCAGGAGAACGUCCCAGACGAGGGUCUUACCGUCCAUGAGGACCCCAUCUCUAGUCAGUGACCAGGAGGAGCCGCACUUGUCUGUCACAGCAGAGCAGUCGUAGCAAUGUAUCAGAGAGUAGAUGAAAUUCUGAACGUUCUGCUGCAUCACUUUACUAAUGUGGAGUUAUUCAUGUCUGAUCCGGUCAUAUCCAGAGCUGCAUUCAUAAUUCUGCUGGCUGCCCCUUGGAACCACAGAGGCCACUACUGACAGGGACAUCUAAGAGCUCAGCAAUAAGACGGAUCAGACCAUGCAGCAUGAUGGAAGACAUGAUGUCACAGCAGAAUAGUGAGUGCAGAUCUAGAGGAUAAGACAUGAUGUCACAGCAGAAUAGUGAGUGCAGAUCUGGAGGAUAAUACAUGAUGUCACAGCAGAAUAGUGAGUGCAGCUCUGGAGAAUAAUACAUGAUGUCACAGCAGAAUAGUGAGUGCAGCUCUGGAGGAUAAGAUAUGAUGUCACAGCAGAAUAGUGAGUGCAGAUCUGGAGGAUAAUACAUGAUGUCACAGCAGAAUAGUGAGUGCAGAUCUGGAGGAUAAGACAUGAUGUCACAGCAGAAUAAUGAGUGCAGCUCUGGAGAAUAAUACAUGAUGUCACAGCAGAAUAGUGAGUGCAAGCUCUGGAGGAUAAGACAAGAUGUCACAGCAGAAUAGUGAGUGCAGCUCUGGAGGAUAAGAUAUGAUGUCACAGCAGAAUAGUGAGUGCAGCUCUGGGGGAUAAUACCUGAUUAUACAGAGGUCACCU